AUGGAUAGCUUUAGCUUUACCUUUUUGAUUUGGUGCCUUCUUGCUUUCAAUCACAUACUUCCGUUAACGAUUCAAACCAUUGAGGCUCGGAUUCCAGAAUCUCCACUUCAAUGCAACCAAACAUUUUGUAUUCUCCACAACAGCUAUGGAAAAUGGGGUGAUCGAAAAGACUGUUAUGCCCUCAACGCAACCUACCCAACAACGGAACAAGAGCUUCACGUGGCCGUCUCGUUUGCUGUGGAACACAAUCUAAAAGCGAAGGUGGUCACAAAAUUCUCACAUACCAUCCCCAAGCUCGCCUGCCCUGACCAAGCGGUCCAAAACAGUUUUGUUAUUAGUACGGAGAGUUAUAAUCGUCAAAUACAGAUAGAUGUUGCCAAUUCUGUUGUCACCGUUGAUGCUGGUGUUGGCCUUCGCCAGUUGAUUGACGCCGUUGAAGCCUCUGGGUUUAGUUUGGUGGCCUCACCUUAUUGGGAAGGGGUAACAAUUGGAGGACUUAUUAGCACAGGGGCACAUGGGAGUUCUUGGUGGGGGAAAGGUGGUUCUGUUCAUGAUCAUGUUGUGGGGCUCAGCAUCAUUGUUCCUGCUUCCAAAGCUGAAGGAUAUGCCAAGAUUUUGAGAUUGGAAGCACAUGAUCCAUUAUUCAAUGCUGCCAAAGUAUCGCUCGGUGUCUUGGGUGCUAUCUCCAAGGUAACAUUAAGAGUGGAACCAAGGUUCAAAAGAAGCAUAACCUACAAUUUCACGUCCGAUGUUGGUCUUGAAGAUUUGUACGUAGAUCAUGCAAAUAAAUAUGAGUUUGCAGACAUAACUUGGUAUCCAUCACAGCACACUGCUGUUUAUAGAUAUGAUUCAAGGGUUCCCUUAAAUACUUCCGGUAAUGCAGUCUUUGACUUCAUUGGAUUUCAAAAUAAUCCAACUUCGAUCUCCGAAGCAGUUCGAGCUACAGAGAGUUUGUUAGAAAAAACAAGAAACACGCAUGGGAAAUGCUUAACAGCAGCAGCAACAUUAGCAUUUAAAAAAGCUACAGCAAAUGGUUUAAAGAACAAUGGCAUUCUUUUCACUGGCUAUCCAGUAAUCGGUUACCAAAGCAAAAUGCAAACCUCAGGUUCAUGCUUAUACUCCCAAUCACUCCUCACAUCAUGUGCUUGGGAUCCAAGAAUCAAAGGCUUGUCCUUCUAUGAAUCCACAGCAAUCUUUCCAGCUUCUAUUUUCCGUGAUUUCAUCUUGGACGUGAAAAAGCUCAGAGACUUAAACCCCGAACAUUUUUGUGGGGUUGACAACUAUAACGGUAUUCUUAUACGUUAUAUCAAAGGGUCGGAUGCAUAUCUAGGUCAAUCUGAAGACUCUAUAGUAAUUGAUUUCAAUUAUUAUAGAGCCAAAGACGCAUUAACUCCGCGAUUAAACCAAGAUAUUUGGGAAGAAUUGGAACAAAUGGCGUUUUUUAAGUAUGGGGCGAAGCCACAUUGGGCUAAGAAUAGGAUCAUUGCAUUCUUGGGAGUGGAUAAGAAGUACCAAAAUUACAACAAGUUUAUUGAAGCAAAACAACAAUUGGAUCCACAAAAUGUGUUUUCUAGUAAUUGGUCUGAUGAAAUAUUGUUUGGGAAGGAAUUAGAGAAGAGUGAUGGAUGUGCUCUUGAAGGGUUAUGCAUAUGUAGUGAACACAGACAUUGUAGCCCACAAAACAAUUAUUAUUGUAGCCAAGGACUUGUCUAUAAGGAUGCUAGGGUUUGCAGAUAUUCAAAGUCAACUCUCCCAUCCUCAUUAUAGAAUAAUUAUUCGGCAAAAACUUAGAUGCAAUUAACUUAACGUGAGGUUGA